AUGGCGAAGCUUGAAGCGAAGCUCGGAAUGUUAGUUGACUCCAUGACUGUAGUUGAGGCAUAUGUUGGAAGGAACAAAUUACAUCAACCAGAUGACUCAUCAAAUUUAAAUCCGGAAGUUUUAUCCUUGAUAAACGAGGGCAUUGCCCAGAAUACUACUGGAAAUGUUUUUGUGCCUAAGGAAGGGGGAGAGGCAGAGAUUUCAGGAUCUCCUACAGAGAAGGCAAUUCUUUCAUGGGCAGUAAAGUUGGGUAUGAAUUUCAGUCUUCUCAAAUCAAAUACGAUAGAUCUCCAUGUCUUCCCCUUUAAUUCCGAGAAAAAAAGAGGCGAUGUUGCUAUGAAGCUGGUGAGAAUUUGAUAUAUUUGUUUGCCAUUCAUUGUACUUUUGAACUAGUAUCAGAGUAUGCAUCCCUUUAGCUUUUGAUGAUUAACUUUGAUCGUGAAUGAAAUGAAGUUAUAAAUGUGAAAGUGUUUUCUUUGUUAUUAUGGUCAUAUCACAU